UUACGCUUUGCCCUCCUACAAUUAACUAAAUAUAAUGUCAUCUAGAUCGUCAGUGCUGUGGGACUCUCAAAUGUAGUACAAACGAGAAUUGUGUGGAAGUAGGAUCAAAUUGUGGACAACAUGGUCAAGUAUGUCAGAGGCGGGAAGAAUGUUGUCGAAAUUUCCGCUGUAAUACAGACAUUGGAAAAUGUGUCUCAUCAAACUAAUCGUUUCGAAAUUGGUAAAAGUUACAGAUUUUAAUAAAUUGAUUAAAGAAAUUAAUUAAUAAUGUCUUUUCGAUCAAAUGCCUAUUCGCUUAAAUGUCUAUUCGAUAAAAUGUCUGUUCGAGCGAAUGCCGUUUGACCCAGUGACUAAUUGAUCAAAAUUGUCUUUGGAAAAGAAUUCACACAUGUGCCUCAUAUUUUUCUUCUGCUAAAUUGUAAAGUGUUAUUAAAAGCAUAAAAUAUUUUGAAUUUUCGCGGCAAAACGACAAGUUGCCCUCUAUGAGUAGGCAAAUGAACUAAGAGUUUUUGUUUUCGCGGCUUACAUCUACAUAACCUACAAAUACAAAAUAAUAACCUCCACAAAACGUUUAAUACGUUUAAUAAUUUCUUAAUAUAUUAUUUAUUAAGAAUUAUAAUGGCCAGUAGCUUAGAGAGCUUUGUGAAUCAUACCGUUUCUAUCAUCACCUAUGAUGGUCGUAAUUUUAUCGGCACAUUAAAAGGAUUCGAUCAGACGAUUAAUUUAAUUUUGGACGAAUCACACGAAAGAGUUUACAGCACAACGCGAGGUGUUGAUCAGGUUGUUUUAGGUCUACACAUAAUUAGAGGCGAUAAUGUUGCAAUAGUAGGCGAAUUGGACGAGGAAAUGGAUGCUAGACUAGAUCUUGCAACGAUACGUGCAGAGCCUUUAUCUGCAGUAACGCAUUAGAAUUCAAUUUCAAAUGGAUCGACUCAUCCUCUGUUAAAUAUCGAAUAAUUUAUUUCAAAAAGAGAAAUCACAAACAUUCAUUUUCACUGCAUGAGCAAAUGAAAUUCUUCGAAACUCCAUGAAAAUCGAAUCUAGCAGAAGAUGACUCAAUACAAAUUUAUAGUUUUUAUUCCACGGUACCUGCUUCAUUGCAAGGAUCUAAUUUUAAAUUUAAGCAAAAAAUAAAGGAAACCAUAUUUCUUUAACUACAAUCAGGUAAAUUAUUUAUUUACUUUUUAAGUCCGAUUAAAUUGCACAAAAAAAAUUUGUGAAUAAA